AUGCAACUUUGUGGUAAGUACUCACUAAAAUAUUUUUGUUCAGUUUUUCUGAAAAACCUGACAUGGUAUCGCAACAGAGACGUGUUUGAAAGUCGUCAUAAGGAAUGGCUCGACGCUAUCGUCAAGCUUCAAAUACAAAAAGAGGCAGCUCUACCAGCAGAAGCAGUUGCUGGUCCAUCAGGAGUUAGGCGACCUAAAAAGAGCUUUGUAGAUUCGAAUGAACAUUCAAAGCUUUCUAUAGUGUCGCCACUCGUACAGCAAAAUACUGAGGAAGAAUUAUUUCUCGCUACUCGUGUCAGCCUGUAUAAGUCUGGUAGACGAAAUGCUGCACGAAUUCUACGAGAUUUAUCAGCUUCACCAACCAGGGCAGCUAAGAUUAAGAAAACUGUCUUGUCCUGUAAAAACUGCAGUGGCCUAUACACUAAACGAAGCUUUGGCUCUUUAUGUUGA